AAAUUACCGGGAAUCUCUGCCUUAAAAACCCACUUCCUUCAUUCUUCUCUUCUUCUUUUUUAAAACCCACUCCCAUUUCUUCUUCUCUGUCCCUUCUGCCUUUUAAGUGCCUUUCCAUUUCUCUUUCUCUUACGCUUCCAAUCUACCUGUUUUCUACCCUUUCAAUCCUUACAACAAAACCAUAUCAAAGAAACCAACCACCUCCCCCAAAAAGAAAAACAUGGUGCUCGCCGAAAGUGGCUUCUCUUCUCCUCGAAACGAUGCUUUUCCUGCCGGCCUCCGGGUUCUCGUCGUCGAUGAUGAUCCCACCUGGCUCAAAAUCCUUGAAAAGAUGCUCAAGAAGUGUUCUUAUGAAGUGACUACAUGUUGCCUUGCACGAGAAGCUCUGAACUUGCUUCGCGAAAGGAAGGAUGGUUACGACAUUGUAAUCAGUGAUGUUAACAUGCCUGACAUGGAUGGCUUUAAACUUCUCGAACACGUUGGGCUGGAAAUGGACUUACCUGUGAUUAUGAUGUCUGUCGAUGGGGAGACCAGCAGAGUGAUGAAGGGUGUCCAGCAUGGUGCUUGUGAUUACCUUCUUAAGCCUAUAAGAAUGAAAGAGCUUCGCAAUAUAUGGCAGCAUGUGUUCAGGAAGAAGAUACAUGAGGUGAGAGACAUUGAAAGUCUUGAAGGUUUUGAAAGUAUUCAGAUGACUAGAAGUGGCUAUGAUCUGUUUGAUGAUGGGCACUUCCUCAGUGGAGACGAUACAACUUCGGGAAGGAAAAGAAAAGAUGCUGAUAACAAGCAUGACGAUCGAGAGCUCAGUGAUCCUUCUUCUACCAAGAAAGCAAGGGUUGUUUGGACUGUUGACCUUCACCAAAAAUUUGUCAAAGCCGUAAAUCAGAUCGGAUUUGACAAAGUUGGACCUAAGAAAAUACUCGACUUGAUGAAUGUACCAUGGUUGACAAGAGAAAACGUCGCCAGUCACUUGCAGAAAUACCGACUCUAUUUGAGUAGGUUGCAGAAGGAGAGUGAUAUCAAGAAUUCAUUUAUAGGAAUGAAGCAUUCAGAUCUGCCUUCAAAAGAUUCGACUGCCAGUUUCGGUCCCCAUAAAGCGAUGAACAUGAUACCAGAUGAUGUGCCAAAUGGUACCUAUAGUUUUUCAGCAAGUAACUCGCUAGCUCAGAAUGUGGAUCUCAAAGGUCAAGGUGAUCUAAAAGGAAUUACUUCAGCUCCUGUGGCAGAGCCCAAAGGAGCUUUGUCUAUAGAUAUUCAUGAUUCCCAUGAAGCCAAAAGCACACAGAUGAGCUUUGAUCAUUCCCUUGGAUCAGUUGAUUCAGCUGUAAGCUUUGCGUCAUUCAAUUCCACUACCCCAUUGCAGUAUCCGUGGACUGAAAUUCCCGAGAUUCAGUUCAAACAAGAGUGUGAACCCUUGCACUUAGAAAAUGGCUUCAGCCAACUACCACUGCCUGGACCUUCCAUGAUUGAAAAUGAGGCUAACCGAAGCAGAAUUGAAGUUAAGCCUUUGCUUGAUGAGUGUAGAAGCAAUUUCGUCGAGCAUUUAGGUCCAGUUGGUGCAGAAGACUUGUUUCCAAUUCAAAGCAAAAGCCAAUCGCUGAAUAAUCAAGUUUUUGACCUGAUUUCUGCUACUAAAUCAAGCAUGAAAACUCAGGAUGUGGGUCUGAACUACCUUGCUGACUCGGAAUUUGCACUGCGGAACCUGAAUGCAAGCGGUGUAGGAGUACCUUUAGCAACAUUGUCUGAGGACUUACAAAUCUGUUGGCUUCAAGGUGAUUGUUAUCCCAUGAAUUAUGGUCUCCAGGAUUUGGAGUGUUCCACGUAUGACAAUCCAGGACUGAUGGCUGAAACUCCAUUUCACUUGUACGAUGUACUAAGGUUUGACCACGAGCAUCUCUUUGAUCCUACAGAAUAUUAUGCAAUCGAUCAAGGGUUGUUUGCAUAACAUGAAGUUGUCUUCGGUGAAUGAUCUUUUUUUAUAUCAGGUAAUAUCUAUAAGUGGAGUACUUCAAAUUUAUGGACAGGAUGCCAUUUUCAUAAGCAGUUUGGACUUGGGUGUUUAAACAUGUAUAAAUACAAGUGAUAAAACAUAAUAAUUUUGCUGCUAUUUUCUAACCUGGGAUAUGUAUCUUAAUGCUGUAUUAAUAUGCAUGUAUGCUAGUCACAUCACAUGUGAACUUUGGUUCAAGAAAGGAUAUAAUUUCUUCUCUUUUA